AUGGAGGUAAGUUGUGCUGGUUUUUAUAGCUAGCUAGAUAGCUAACGUUACGUUUUGUUUUGCCAAAAGCAACAGGUGCCACCUCUGGGUAGUAUUCAUUAGUGGACACCGCAGCAAAACGUUUAGCAAAGGAUAACAAACACAAGCCUUUCUUGUUGGAAAACUUCAGUCCGUUUUCUCUCGUCUGGUUGGUGCCUAGUGAAUAGUCAGUCACCUACUGUAUCGUGACUGACCGUCCCUGGCGUUGGAGGAGAUAGGGACACUACAGUACGGUACAGAAAGCUCCCAAUCCGAUUCAAACUCCAUUCACCAGCGGCAGCUCUGCAAGCGUUCGGCCUAUGUCAAAAUACGUUCGUUGAUCGCCAAAUAUGGAGCAACUAUAUUAAUUUAAGGCCGGUAUGUACUUCCAAAAAAAGUUCUAAAUAAAAAUGGGCAAACAAUGCCUAUUCGGCACAUCCAAUGACAGUACAUACCGGCCGUAACGGGAGUAAAUGAAGAUAGAUGUUCAGCGAAACUCCAUAUUUGGUGAUCAACGACUAACGUCUUUUGACAUUAAAACGCUUUCAGAGUUGGUGAAUGGGAGUUUGAAUCAGAGCUUUCUGGGCGAGAGGUCUCUAACGCACAGGUAGAUAGAUACUGAUCGGGGCUUGCAGUAUGUUAACGUUAACGUUCCAGAACUGUCAAGUAAUUUUUCUUCAUGUCACUGCAUUUCUAUAGUAGGCCUAUAGUAACUUGUGACAGUUAUCAAUCAAUCUUUAUUGUCACAAUCGGGAAAUGUAUAGUACAGUCAGGGCAAGAAACAAGAUCAACUGCAACAGAUACACAUAAGAUGAAUAGAAAACAGAUCAGUUGCAGUAGUUAUUGCAGGAGUGAAACCAUACAGAGCACAUAAAGUGUCCCUUUCAGGACCUUGCAAUUAGCUUACUCUCUCAGAUUUGACAAGUGCUUGAUUACAGUUUGUGUGUCCUUUCCCAGGAUAAAGGUCAGAAGCCAGAAGCAGAUGAGAACAGUUUUGAAUCACUGGAGAAGGAGUUCCAGGAGGUUCUCAAUGAGUUGGUGGGAGACAAGAGCCUGGACAAAUUCCGGGUUGAAUAUGAGAAACUGACCAACGCCCUAAAGAAGUCCCAUGAGAGUGAGAAGAGGCUGAUGACAAAAUGCAGGGAGCUGAAUGCAGAGAUAGUGUCCAAUUCAGUAAAAGUUGCUACUGCACUGAAGUUGUCCCAGGAAGAUCAAACGACUAUAACUUCUCUGAAGAAGGUAGGCCCUUAAUGGUGAAAACAUGAGUAGCUGCAUAGAUGUUUAAUAAGCCUACAGCCUAAAGUUAGGGUGAAGGUUGUCAUUAGUGUUGGCAAUAAGCGCAUGUAGGGUAUUAUGCAGUACAAAUAUUCACACUCUUCAUUUUGAGCAGAAUAGAGCAUUGUUUUAGAACUGUGCCUUAUUUCAACAUGUCCCAGAUUUGUCAUAGUAUUAUGGCCAUACAAAAGUGUAUUGAACACUUUUUUUUCUUUUAGGAAAUAGAAAAGGCUUGGAAAAUGGUUGAUGCAGCCCACGAUAAAGAGCUCAGAGCAAAAGAGACAAUUCAAACAUUGAAACAUGACAUUUCAAAUCUAACAAAACUUGUUGAACAAGGAGCUGGUUUGUCUGUGGGUCAAGAACAUGGGUGAGUUGAGUUGUGCACACUCGCACUGUACAUUGUCCACUUCCUUUGAAUUGACCAAUUCACUAGAGAUUAUUGUCAUACCUCAAGGCCUACAUACAGUGCUUAAUUUGAACAGGAUCCGGCACCUAAAUUUAGAUUUUCAGCCUGCACUUGAUAUUCUGAGAAUUGAUUCGGGUUGGGCUAGGUCCGGGUUUAAGUUUGCGCCACAUUGUAGCCUAUAUUUUGAGACCAACCCUUGGCCAUUGCUGUGGUGAGAGAGCGAAGCAUGCACCUGUAGCCUAUCUCUCACAGAACUACAAUGAGAUUUCUGUGAUCUCAAUCUCUCUCUGCUCUGAUAGACAUGAGCCUGCAACUCUCUCUCCAUCUCUCCACUUCAUCAAAAUAUAAAAUAGGCAGUAAUGUAACUAUUCCAAUUCAAAUACAAAUUCACUAUAAUGAAUCUGUAGGCGAACUACACUGUUUUACAAAGUAUCUUGAGAUAUAAUGGCACGAGCGCAUCGGCCAUCACUGGUGAGUGCACAUUCACUAGCCUAUCUUAGUUUUUAUUGAUCUCAGUUUGUCAAUGUCAGAGUACCCUGUCAUAUCGGUAAUUUAUGUGGUAUAUAAAAAAAAAGAUGUAGAAUUGCAUGAAAUGCGUUUAUAAAAGGACAUUUUUGUGUGCAAGUCCUAGAAACGCUUCUGCUCUAGGCUACUCUAUGCCACUAUGCAAAUGCACUGAUUUAUUAAAAAGGUGAACCCCCCCCCCCCCCCCCCAUGCAUUUCAGUACUUCCGAGCCCCCCAGAUCACCCCCUCUCAUGCUCACUUUGAGUUUCGGCACGUCCCGAUUUAUAGACUACGGAUCCGACUUUUACUGGACCUUUCUUCUCAAUGACUAAAGAUCCCGAAGCUCCUACGCAUGUGCAGGAAUCUCUACUUACGCACAGUCUCUUCUCUACUCGUAGAGAACAGGCUACUCAGGCGAAUGGUGCUUGUUUGAUCAAGUUAGAUCAAAGCUGAAUCAAUAUCUACAAGAUCACAUAAUGGUAGUAUUAUACAUAACAGAACCAAAUAUAAUAGCAUAGUAUAAAGUUACUGUAAGUGAUUUUAGGAUGAUGGUGCGAAUGGUCGCAUUUCUCUCUUAUAUGGCCACAGCUCAACUGCGCGCGUGUCACGAUCGUUGACACAUGAUGAAGCGGACCAAGGCGCAGCGUGAUAGGCGUACAUACUUUUAUUAGUGUACACACAACGAACCAAAACAAUAAACGAUACGUGAAGUCCUAGGGUUAAACACAAACCUUACGGAUCAAGAUCCCACAAAUAACUAGUGCCAACAGGCUGCCUAAGUAUGGUUCGUUCCCAAUCAGAGACAACGAGAAUCAGCUGCCUCUGAUUGGGAACCACCCUGGCCAACAUAGAAAUACAACGAUCUAGAACAGAAACCUAGAAAACUAUAACAUAGAACCUACACACCCUGGCUCAACAUUAAAGAGUCCCCAGAGCCAAGGCGUGACAGUACCCCCCCCCCCAAAGGCGCGGACUGCGACCGCGCCAACCAAACACAACAGGAGAGGGGCCGGGUGGACAUUCUGCCUCGGAGGCGGAUCCGGCUCCGGGCGUGACCACCACUCUCUUUCUACCCCCCCGUAGCGCCCCUGGUCUGGUCCCGCUGGCCGGAGCUGAACUGGACACCGGUGGAGCAGGCACGGGCCGUGCCGGACUGACGACGUGCACCACUGGCUUGGUGCGGGGAGCAGGAACGGGCCGGACCGGGCUGACGACGCGCACCACUGGCUUGGUGCGGGGAGCAGGAACGGGCCGGACCGGGCUGACGACGCGCACCACUGGCUUGAUGCGGGGAGCAGGAACGGGCCGGACCGGGCUGGCGACGCGCACCACUGGCUUGGUGCGGGGAGCAGGAACGGGCCGGACCGGGCUGGCGACGCGCACCACUGGCUUGGUGCGGGGAGCAGGAACGGGCCGGACCGGGCUGACGACGCGCACAACUGGCUUGGUGCGUGGAGCAGGAAUGGGCGGGACCGGGCUGGCGACGCGCACCACUGGCUUGGUACGGGGAGCAGGAACGGGCCGGACCGGGCUGGCGACGCGCACCACAGGCUUGGUGCGGGGAACAGGAACAGGCCGAACCGGGCUGGCGACACGCACCACAGGCUUGGUGCGGGGAACAGGAACAGGCCGGACCGGGCUGGCGACGCGCACCACAGCCUUGGUGCGAGGAACAGGCCGGACCGGGCUGGCGACGCGCACCACAGGCUUGGUGCGAGGGUCAGGAACAGGCCGGACCGGGCUGGCGACGCGCACCACUGGCUUGGUGCAGGGAGCAGGAACAGGCCGGGCUGGACUGAGAACACGCACCAUAGGCUUGGUGCUGGGAGCCGGAACGGGCCGGGCCGGACUGUGGAGGCGGACUGGAGGUCUGGAGCGGAGAGCUGACACAACCCGUCCUGGCUGAAUGCCUACUUCCACACAAUAUGUGUGAGGCAUCAGCACAGGACGUACAGGGCUGUGCACUCGUACUGGCGCUACAGCACGUGGCACUGGUGCAGGAUAUACGGGACCGAGGAGGGGUACUGGAGGCCACGAGCGUUGAGCCGGCACACUCCGUCCUGGCUGCAUGCCCACCUUAGCACGACACGUGCGUGGUGCUAGCACAGGACGUACAGGACUGUGCCGGAACACUCGCGGCACAGUACGUGGCUCCGCAUAACACGGAGCCUGCCCUUUUAGCCCCCCAACAUUUUUUUAUUGGGGCUGUCUCUCGGGCUUCCUCCUCGGCCGGUACCCACUGCGUUGUCGCUGCUCCUCUCUGUAGCGCGCCUCCACAGUCUCCUCCCAAGGACGGCGAUCCAUUCCGGCCUGGAUCUCUUCCCAAGUCCAGGAUCCCUUCCCGUCCAGGAUCUCCUCCCAAGUCCAGGCUGUCUGUUCCUGGAUACGCUGCUUGGUCCUCCUUUGGUGGGAUCUUCUGUCACGAUCGUUGACACAUGAUGAAGCGGACCAAGGCGCAGCGUGAUAGGCUUACAUACUUUUAUUAGUGUACACACAACGAACCAAAACAAUAAACGAUACGUGAAGUCCUAGGGUUAAACACAAACCUUACGGAUCAAGAUCCCACAAAUAACUAGUGCCAACAGGCUGCCUAAGUAUGGUUCCCAAUCAGAAACAACGAGAAUCAGCUGCCUCUGAUUGGGAACCACCCUGGCCAACAUAGAAAUACAACGAUCUAGAACAGAAACCUAGAAAACUAUAACAUAGAACCUACACACCCUGGCUCAACAUUAAAGAGUCCCCAGAGCCAGGGCGUGACAGCGCGCCACUAUGCAAAACAUGUGCUUUGAUUGAAACAAAACACAGGUUCUCUCACUGUACAAAAUUCGAAACAACCCUGUACAUAACUAAGAAGAUCUAAAUGCAUAUUCCCAUGAAACUGAUCGACAUCAAAUGGUUGGCAUGUAGAUGCUGCAUGGACGUUUCACCGGUAAAACUUGAAGAAUUAUUAUUCAUGAUUGGCAAUGAGAAAUGUGAAGGGAGGGUGACCACAAAAAUGGGUGCGUAAAGUAGAGGUAAGGAAACACAUGCGCAGAACAUGAUAUGGAUCUUUCCAGCAGGAUCCAGGGUGACGGGAAGGGGCGGAUACCUACGGAUCAGCAGCCUCAGCCUACAAAUUAAGCACUGCCUACAUCUCUAGAUAAAGAUAACAUUAGAGAAGUUUUAACUGAAAGCUCAUUUGUUUUUCAGUGUGAACGAUCUGCUGAAAAUCAAAGAGGAACUAACCAAAGAAAGAGAUGAACUGCUUACGGAAGUGGUGACUCUGCGAAAUAAUCUAACAAAGGCCACCGCCAGUCAACAAGAGAUGGAGGUUCAAAAAGAAAAGGCAAUGGAAACCAUAUCUCAGGUAAUGCAGACACUCAACAUCACCAUUUACAUUUAUAGGUGUUUAUUGUUAAUCAACUUAAUGACAACAAAUUGAACAAGUAUAAACCCAAAAAAAACGUGUUCUUGGUUGAACAGAGAACUCAAUAGGAUUUUUUUUAAUGUAGCAUUACAUCUUAAACAUCAAAUUUUUUUAAAAAUAUUGCGCGUUUGCUUUAACGUCACUUAACUGGCAGGUAGGGCAUUAGUUAUUAGGUAGGUAUUAUGGCCAUACACUUGGUAGUUGUCUGGAACCUGACUGUAAUUGUUUAUCAUUUCAGUCCUCAUUCCCAUUCGGUUGCAAAUAAACCAGUACGCUUUAUUUGCUGGACAGUGUGUCCACAAGUCUUGGCACAUCCAGUCAUAAAUUGACUGGGGCCUUAGCAUAUAGUAAGUACACUCCAGUGCCCGCUAUCUCCUGGAAUACUUGCUACUAACGACAUCGUUUUGAUCCUGUAUCCUGUCCACCACAGCUCCAGCAAGACAUCCAAGUCCGUCAGAACGAGUGCUCGCGGGAGACACGGCGGAAGGAGAAGCUGGAGAAGGAAGUGAAGCAGCUACACACGGACCUGGAAGCCAAGCAGUCGGACAUCAAAGUGCUGAACCUGCAGAGCCAGCGCAGCAAAGAGGAGCAGCAGAGGCUGGAGCAGCAGCUGCGGGAGCAGAAGGUGAGGCCGUGACCAGGGGGGAUGACGUUACACCCUCCCUGUACACCGGUCCUCUCCCUUCCCCUUCAUCCUCCAAUCUUUUCACAGAUGAGCACCAACUUGAGAGACGGUGCCAGUCGUACACGCAUGGAAUACAACUUUUACAUGUAUGCUGUAGGGGGUUUAGAUUUAAUGUGGGAUUUGAUUUGUGCCGUUUGUCCCCUCACAGAUUCUCAAUGAGCGGGCCACAAAGGAGCUGGAGCAACUGCAAGUGAGAAACACCAAACUCCAGCAGGAGAAUGAACAGAAUGCCCUGAGUAUGGAGCAGCUCUCCCUCGACACUCAACAAAGGGCAUCUGACCUAAAGGUAAAGCCCACAAACACCCAGUGUGUUUGUGUGCAUGUGCAUGUGUGAGAGAAGCUCCACAGAUGACGGACAUCCAUAGAGAGCCCUCACAAAGUGCUGCCUACUGUUGAUCAAAACAUCAUGCCAGUAAAACCAUAUUUUAAUCAUGGGACCCCAUGGUUGUUUUUUGGCAGUUUUUCGCAAACCAUUGCAUGUCAGCGCAUAUGGGCCCAUAUUCGCAAAGUGUGGCAAAGUAGGAGUGCUUAUCUAGAAUCAGUGUUGCCUUUUCAAUCGUAAUCAAAUUAAAUCAAAUUUCUUGGACAGGGAGAGAGAGAAGGGAGGGAAAAAAGAAUGGAGUGGCCUCUUCCUGAACUGUUAUCAGAGAGACAAUGAAAAUUGGACAGGAGCCCUAAUGACAGCAACACAAUAAAUACCUAUUCUCUCUCGCUCUCCCUCCCUCUCUGACCCCCCACCCCCCUCUCUCUUUCUCUCGCUCUUCUUCCUCUUUCUCUUUCUCUUCCUCCCUCCUUUUGUUCACCCCUCCUCAGGUGAAGGAGGAGGAGGUGAAUCAGAUGCGUCAGGAGAUUGCCAAACUAACAAAGAUGAGAGAGGCCACUCAGCGGAAGUUCCGACAGACGGAGGAUCAGAAGUUGGAAGUGGAGCAGCAGAGGGACAUGCUGAAAAACCAGAUCGCUGGCCUGGAGAGAGGCAAGUAUACACUCACACACACACUAACUACACUGACACUCUCGCACUAAACCCACACACAUUCACAUGCACUACAUGUGCACACACACUCAUAACACAUGCACACGCACCCACAUAUACACACACAUACACACACUUUUACACUCAUCAUAUGCUGCUGCUACUCUGUUCUUUGUUUUAUUAUUAUAUAUCCUGAUGCUUUACCCUGCCUUCAUGUACAUAUCUACUUCAAAUACCUCAAAUACCCCUGCACAUUGAUCUGGUACUGGUACUUCCUGUAUAUAGCUCCAUUCUUGUGUAUUUUAUUCCUCUUGUGUUACUAUUUAUUUUAUUUUUUACUCUGCAUCUUUGGGAAGGGCUCGUAAGCAAGCGUUUCACGGUAAAGUCUACACCUGUUGUAUUCGGCACGUGACAAAUAACAUUUGAUUUGAUUUCAACAUGCACACACACGCAGAACUAAACAAACACGAAUACACAUGCCCGCACAAAUGUACACUACCGUUCAAAAGUUUGGGGUCACUUAGAAAUGUCCUUGUUUUCGAAAGAAAAUAAAUUUUUUUGUCCAUUAAAAUAACAUCAAAUUGAUCAGAAAUAGAGUGUAGACAUUGUUAAUGUUGUAAAUGGCUAUUGUAGCUGGAAACGGCUGAUUUUUUUAUGGAAUAUCUACAUAGGCGUACAGAGGCCCAUUAUCGGCAACCAUCAGCCCUGUGUUCCAAUGGCACGUUGUGUUUGCUAAUCCAAGUUUAUCAUUUUAAAAGGCUAAUUGAUCAUUAGAAAAUCCUUUUGCAAUUAUGUUAUUAAAUAGUACCCGCAAAACACCAGUCUCAACGUCAACAGUGAAGAGGCGACUCCGGGAUGCUGAUUGCCUAGUUCAGCAUCCCGGAGUCGCCUCUUCACUGUUGACGUUGAGACUGGUGUUUUGUGGGUACUAUUUAAUCAAGCUGCCAGUUGAGGACCUGUGAGGCGUCUGUUUCUCAAACUAGACCCUCUAAUGUAUUUGUCCUCUUGCUCAGUUGUGCACCAGGGCAUCCCACUCCUCUUUCUAUGCUGGUUAGAGCCAGUUUGCGCUGUUCUGUGAAGGGAGUAGGACACAGUGUUGUACGAGAUCUUCAGUUUCUUGGCAAUUUCUCGUAUGGAAUAGCCUUCAUUUCUCAGAACAAGAAUAGACUGAUGAGUUUCAGAAGAAAGUUAUUUGUUUCUGGCCAUUUUGAUCCUGUAAUCGAACCCACAAUUGCUGAUGCUCCAGAUACGCAACUAGUCCCAAGAAGGCCAGUUUUAUUGCUUCUUUAAUCAGCACAAAAGUUUUCAGCUGUGCUAAUAUAAUUACAAAAGGGUUUUCUAAUGAUCAAUUAGCCUUUUAAAAUGAUAAACCUGGAUUAGCAAACACAACGUGCCAUUGGAACACAGGACUGAUGGUUGCUGAUAAUGGGCCUCUGUAUGCCUAUGUAGAUAUUCCAUUAAAAAUAAGCCGUUGCCAGCUACAAUAGCCAUUUACAACAUUAACAAUGUCUACACUGUAUUUAUGAUCAAUUUGAUGUUAUUUUAAUGGACAACAAAAAUUAUUUUCUUUCAAAAACAAGGACAUUUCUAAGUGACCCCAAACUUUUGAACGGUAGUGUAUGCCGGGAGACACACACAAAUAUCUGGGUUGACACUUAAACACUCCUCUGCUCUGUUCCACUCUUCACUGUCAAAAGCACUCUUUUUGACAGGAAGAUGCCAUUUUUCCUUAUCUUUUAGUAACUCAGAAAAUAUGAAAUGUAGUGGUUACAUUGUGGUGGGGUUUGUGUGCAAGGUACAUCAAUUGUGCAUACAGAAUGUCUAUCAUUCUCUCUCACUCAAAAACAACAUGAACAUGAACCUUGUGUUGUGAACAGAAAUGGAGUCCUCCAAAAAGCAGAUGGAGAUUGACAAGAAAGGCAUUGAUGAACUGAUGCGGGAAAGAGACAUCCUGAACAAGGUAUGUAUGCAGAGAAUAAUAUAAUUUAGCAGACACUUUUAUCUAAAGCAACUUGCAGAACUGUCAACAUUGACAGUGACACACAUCCAGUAUGUACCCCAUGCAGAAAUCAAAUCGACAACCCCGGCAUUGCCAGCACCCUAAUGCUACAUGACAUUAUGUGUAUAGCCUAUGUUGUUUCAUUAUUUGCGGGUCUUAUUUUGCAUGAUUUCUUUCAUUAGACACCUCUUAAUGUGACUAAUGUGCACCAAACACACUCUCAUCUGCUCACAACCCAUUGUGAAAGUGUGUGUUUGUGCAUGUACAUUUGUGUCUGUGUGUGUGUGUGUCUGUUUAUUGGUUUGUUUUGUGUGUGUUGGCAUGCACAUGUGUGUGUGUACAUUGUAGAACAUGGUCAAGGCAGCCAAUGCCACGGAGAAGCAGCUGAAUGUAGUGAAGCUCCAUGAGCAGUCCAAGAAGAACCUGGACCAGGAGAUCAUGAACUACCGCGACGAGGCCCAGAAGCAGCGCAAGAUCAUCUACCAGCUAGAGAAGGAGCGUGACCGCUAUAUCAACGAGGCCAGCGACCUCACACACAAGGCAGGUCAAGGUGCACUAAGAUAACUCAGGGAUGGGUGGAGAGACCAGGGGCCUCAUUUAUAAACGCUGUGUAUGUACAAAAUAUAACAUUUUCCCUGCAAAACAAAACAUGCACCAGUUUUCACUGCAUUUAUAAAAACUGAACUUGCCUGGAGAAUGUGCUUACCUCCACGCAAAGUUCAGACCCUGCAAAUGCACUACUUCUUGUUACUUCUAGUAAUUAUUGCAUUGCGAGCAGGCAAGUAAGUACUUUAUGCAAAUGAGGAAUGGUUAGGAUGAAACGCUAUUCAUAAAACAACAACAACAGGAAAACAUAAUGACAAAACAAAUGCAGCUAUUUGUUGUUAGUAAGAAGAGCGAACAUCUAUUGAUUUUAUCGUUGCAAUCUAAAAUUAUAAAUAGGAAUUAUCUAACCUUUAUUUAGGCAGGGGAGACAAAAUCAAGCAAUUAAAGCUGUUUUUCUUAAAUCUGUGGUGACAAAAGGAGUUUCAAGAUUUAGCCAUCCCUGUGAACGGGUAUGAUAUCUCGUACUUCUAUAGGUUAGUAACGACAAAGACAGUACAGUAUGAAGAUAGGAAGAAACUGUUUCUCCAACAGAAAUCCCAGAUCACGCUUGUAGGCUAUGUCAAGGCGACGUUGGCUAGUUAAACUCAUGCGUAGAAACACGUUAUCGGGUCUAACGGUCGAACUGCGCAUGUGCAGUCCAUCAAAUCAAAGGUACUCCUUCAAUAUAAAGUUGUUUUUGACGAAAAUGAAAAUGUGUCAGAUUGUCACGUUCACGAGGUUGAAGUAGCAACAUGUUCAACUAAAGACAUUGGCUUGAAUCUAGGUUGUGCCUUUAGAUUUUGAGAAAAUGAACAACUAAGGAAGAUUAUUUCACUUCUCUCAUUGACUUCCCAAACCCCGGCCUGGUUUGUUUGGUCUGUUUCACAAGCGUUCCCGGAAGUCUCACGAUGUUGCGCCUCGGGUUUCAAAAGCAGACAGUAGAACAGACAGUUCAUAUUUUCCGUUGAGGUGUGUAGGCUACUACUGUACGUCUGAAUCAUAAAAUAUAAUCUCAUUCUAGUUCUGUGGUUUGAAUACUGUAAUUAAAAAUGUCUCGAGUAUACACUGUUUCAGAAUUAAGGACAGUGCAGCAUAUUUAGGUUGCGGGAAAAAGUCCAUGCAAAACAUUGUUGAAUUAAAAUGUUCUGCUAACAGGUCCACAACAAUUUGUCAUGGUUUAUUUCUUUCAGAAACUGUCACAGUCCUUUGCCCAAUACAGCAAAUGUCACAGCAGAAGAUUAAAACAUUGUGGCAACACCUCCAAAACAUUUGAUAAAAUGUGCCAUUGCUUUUGUUUGGUGAAACUGUAAUGGCUUAAUUUCAAUAUACUUAUUAUACAGCAAAUAGGGUUGUUAUUUAUCACCAUAAAAGGUGAAUGAAGGGCGUUUUCCAGGCGAAUAAAUAAUGCUAAUUCACAUGCGCAUAGUUUCAGGACGGGGCUGAUUUAUAGUGAGGAACAUGCGUAUGUGUGGCGUAUGGCAGGUUUAUAAAUCUCAAUAUUUUUAUAAGUACGCAUUAUUUUCAGAAAUGGGUUAAGCAGAUAUUUAGUGUGAAAUUUACACAACGCUUAUCAAUGAGGCCCCCAGAGUGCUGGCAGGUCUCCCCUGUCCAUGUAAUCGUAUUCAUUGUGAUCUAAAGGGCAUAGCUGAUCUUAAAUCCACGUUGGAUACAUUCAGCCCCAGGGAUUUAGGCUCAGUUAAUAAUAAUAUAAUAUGCCAUUUAGCAGACGCUUUUAUCCAAAGCGACUUACAGUCAUGCGUGCAUACAUUUUUACAUAUGGGUGGUUCCGGGGAUCGAACCCACUACCCUGGCGUUACAAGCGCCAUGCUCUACCAAUUGAGCUACAGAGGACCGGUAAUGUACCAGUAAUGUAGUACUAGCAUUAAUGUUGAUGAAGCAGAGAAAAUGGGAGGGAACUCCAUUUGAACAUUGCAGAUGAGAUAAUGUGAUAUGCGACAUGUGUUGCAACAGACAAAGCAUCUUUACAUAUGUUGAUGAGGUGGAGAAAAUGGUAAGGAACUUAAUUUGAACAUUGCAGUAUAUCAUUUAGGACUACAGCAUGCCGGUAUUGUGUCUAGGUUGUGUUAUAUAAACAGCUAGCUAUCAGCUUCUGGUUACGUAAGCCCAAGUCUUCUAUUAAGUCCCAAACUAAACCCCCUCUUGGGAUGAUCCUCUGUUCCCUCGUUCCUUUUCUUCCACAGGUGCUCCAACACAUGGAGGACAUUAAAAUGAGGGAGAUGCAGAUCUUUGAGUACAAGAAGAAGAUUGCAGAGGCAGAGACCAAGCUCAAACAGCAGCAGAACCUCUACGAGGCCGUCCGAUCUGAUCGGAACCUCUACAGCAAGAACCUCAUCGAAGCCCAGGUUGGAUUUACAUAUGAUUCAGUUGUGAUUGUCCGGUCUGUCGAUUGGUCAGUCUACUCGCUCGCUUGCUCACCCACUCAGUCAUUCACUCACUCACUCACUCUCCACCCUCUCUUUCAGGAUGAGAUCACAGAGAUGAAGAGGAAACUGAAGAUCAUGAACCAUCAGAUUGAUCAGCUAAGGGAGGAGAUCAACGGCAAAGAGUCUGCCCUAGUCAAGGAGCACCUGGAGUUCCAGCGAGUGGAGAAAGAGAAGGAGGCUCUGAAGGUAAUUUACUAUGCCGUGCUCACUGUGAGUGGUUAAAGUGGCUACUGUGCAAAUUGACUUUUUAGUCUGGGAACCCAUUGGUGUAACUAGUCAUGAGAGAAAGGAUGGUUGUAAUUCAGCAUUUUGUUUUACUCAAAUAUUAACACCAACCUGCUUUAGCUCUUUCAAUCACAUCAGUGUGACACACUCCCCACCAGCAUGACACCCAUCCUGCCAAAUGGCACCUUAUUAUAGUGCACUACUUUUGACCAAGGCCCAAAGUCUGUUUUCUUUUUCUUUACCUGGCUGCCCUCAAAGGCUAGCCUCCCCUCAUUUACCUCAUUUUCAAAUGGCACAAUUAAAACCAGUUUGAUGAAGUGAAGGCCGUCUUUCCAUUCCUCCUAUAGGCCGAACUCCAGAAGAUGAAGCAGCAGGCUCAGGAGACGAAGCAGUUUAUCGACAAUCAGGAGGCCGAGGAGAGAAAGCUGCUCAAGAUCAUAGCCGACGCAGAUGCUGAGCGGCUCAGACAGAAGAAAGAAUUGGAUCAGGUAAGGUCCAGAGAGAGGGGUGGAAAGGUGGCUCCCUGCUUUCACUGAGAACUCACUGCCCAUUCAAAGAGACAAAUAGUACUGUCAUAGUGAUAAAAUAGUGCUGAUUUUAAUAAAGGGGCAGGCCCUUCCCGUAGAGGCCUGGGAUGGACAGAGAUGUUGUCAUCAGCCAGCAGAUCUGUCAUGCCGUUGCGGUCUCACAUCACAUGGGUUUCAUUUAUGUCUAAUGAGGUUUGUAUUUGAAUGGAUGAGACCAAGUAGAAAUAUUGAGCAUGCUAUGGUAUGUUGUCACCACCAUUCAUCUUUUUUCAAGACUUUCUAGGAAAUAGCAGGUCAUUUAGCAGGUAAUCUACCAGUAUCCAUUUAGAUGGAAAAUAAUCAUACACAUUAUCACAAUAUCACAUUUUUAUUUGAUUUAUACAUGUAUUUUUGUAGUCUUUGAUCAAAGUAACCUGGGGUUUUUGUUGUUUGCUCUUUUGCCAUCACCGUCGCGUAGGUGAUCAGCGAGCGAGACAUCCUGGGCACUCAGCUGGUGCGACGAAACGACGAGCUGGCCCUCCUCUACGAGAAGAUCAAGAUCCAGCAGUCCAUGCUGAACAAGGGAGAGAUCCAGUACAACCAGAGGGUGGAGGACAUCCGCCUCCUCAAAAUGGAGAUCAAGAAACUCAGACGGGAGAAGGGCAUCCUGGCCAAGACUGUGGCUAACGUGGAAGACUUAAGGUGGGAUUGA